UUUAAUAGAUUUUCCGUGCUAAAUACAUGAUUUUCAAUUUAACUUCUUACAUCUUUAGUUAUUUUAUCAUUAUUAUACAUUUACAUGGGUUGUACGUACAAAUGGUGUUAGAUUGUUACCAGAACCAAUAGACAGCAUGACGUGAGAAGAGGCCGAAGUCUCAAUUGUAUUGUAUUACGAUAGUCCUACCCUCCGAGCCGCGAUAAUUAUUUGCUAGGCGUUAAACGAACCGGUACCGACAAGGUGAAACCUAGGUUAAGAGAAAGACGACAAAUAUGUAAAAAAUGGUAAAACAUAAGCGAAAUAUAAUGUUUAUUGAAUGAUCGGCAUGGGCGGGCGGCGCGGGGCGUCCUCGACGUGGCGCAGCAUUCCGCCCGCGACCAGUGCGCGCCCGUCCCGGUCCGACACUCGACGUCGGCUCGUCCACGACACCACACUACCCUAUUUAAUUACGACCGUUAUUUAACCGGUAAGAAGCUGUGUUUUAAAGCUAAGUCGAAGGCUGUGCCAAAAGUGUGCCCGUUACGAGGGAUUUCUUCACCGUGCCGGUUAUCCUGCAGUGCGUAUCGCUGUCUCGCUCUAAAAUUGCGCAAUUCAAUAGCCGUCUCGCUCAUUCGUCUUCAGUAUCCACCAGCUGAAGUUCAGUUUGCAUUUCGUUUGUGAUUAAAAGUCGAGAUUAGCAGACAUCUUAUCUGGGUAACAUUUGUUCAGCAAACACAAUACGAGCACGACAUAGACCGCCAAAAUGUUCAAAACACAUUUAGACAUGAUUGGCAGAAACGAGACGCCGUCGAAGAAAGCCAGAUUUUGGCAGUCCUUCGUGCGUUCUCUAAAAGGUUCGGAAGACAUCAGAGCCGAGGAAAGGUACAGGCCAACACGCCGCAGCGUUUUUCCCGAACUCCUGUCGACCUACCCUUACUCCAAGUCGAUUUACGACGACCCUAUCGCUGCCGCUGAGAGGAUUACGGUACCCGGCUACCGUUACCUGCCUGUCCAUCGCGAGAUCUACGGCUACUCCCCGCGCCCUAUCUAUGCCCACAACUACCCUCGCUCUCUCGAUUAUUACAGGCCAAUCUACCACGUGCCAAGACGCGUGCGACGUGGAGUUGAUCCCUUCGACGCCCACAAGGCAUGGCAGGACCAUCUCGACAGGCUGGCUGCCAUCGACCGGCUGUACCCAUCUCGCUACGGACUCUACCUAAAGGACCGGGCCUACCCCAUCACCGACUUUACCGCACCCCUCAUCGACCCCCUUAAGCCUAAGAGUCUAAAAGGCAUCGAAUAUGAGCCGGACAACAAGCCCCACUGGGGAACAGGAGCGUGGCCGGCGAGGAUUUCCGACGUGUUCAAAAAGGACCCAUUUUUCGCUGAGGCCGAAAAAUGGGCAGGUUUUGAUCGCUCCCUCCGAGGAAAAUCUCCAACGCCAGUGAAGCCAAGGAUUAGUCAACCGCGUGAGACUGAGGUCGCUUUCGAUGCCGACGGUGCACCACUGUACAGCGUUGGCGGACUACGACGCAGGCCUUGGGCUGAUAUUUUCAACCCGAGCCCGUCUCUACCGAUCUCUGCAAUCACUCGUGACCCCUUCUGGCACGACUGGCCGGAGCUGAAGCCGAUCGCGAGAUGGGACCGCAGCCCGUCCUACAUCCGCGACUCGUAUCUGUCUCCAGUCAAACGGACCUUCCUCUGGGACAAGCACCCGAUCAGGCCGUUAGAUUUAAUGCUGGACGCCGAGCUUUCUGUGGGUGAACUCGGCAGGACUUUGCCAUUCAUCCGUAGCCUGUAAUGCAUUUGCAGCAGGUAUAUGGUAUAGAACACCUCACGAGUUUAUUAAGUAGAUAGUAGUUUUCUUGUGCCGUCAAAUUCAUUUCACGCGUGUUGAAUGGAAAAUGAUUUGAGACUUUCGUCUAGAUUAGAUAUUUCUGUAGUCUGUGUGAAUGUUUUACGAAUAUCCUAAUAGUUAUGACACGAAGCACAAUGACGAAAAAAAUUCAGUAUAUGUAUCAUCCGGUGGCACGUUCCUUCUCGACUAUAACUAUCCUGGUAUCCUGGUAAGACAUUAAACCACUUUCAUGAGUGUCUUAUUGAGUUCAUCUCUCAUAGAAAUUUAAAACACCAAGCCACUGCUUUGCUCUUUUUAUAAAAUGCAUGUUUUGAAUUAUAAACAUGAAUGACUUUGUUUUCUUGCAUUUUACAUAUUUGUAGAUUAUCUUUACUUUUUUAUCGAGCACAUGUCACUUAUCAUAUUCAUCAUGAAUUACUCAAAAAAAUCUAUUAUUUAAAACUACUUUAUCGCAAACAUAUAAAUUUAUUGAACACUAAAAUAAUUCAUUUGUGUGAUGUAUUUUAAUUUUGCAAUACCAAAUUCAGUUAAUAAGCUUAUCGUUUCCGUAACAAUAACAAGUUUGUUAAUAUUCCUUACAGGGUGUAGAGAGACCGUUCUCAAAAUCGAAAUUGGAACAAAGCACUACCUUAACGUAAUUUAAUUAUAUAAAAUUAACUUAUCAAAAAAAGCAUAAAUACUUAUUGUUUUAGUAAGUAAAUGUAAGAGUUACAGUAAACGAAAACAACACAGUAAACAAAAACAGCUGGACCAUGUCUUAACUAUUUAUUUUUAUUUAUUUUUUAUUUAUUUAAUAAGUUGCACCAACAAAGUGAUCAUCAAUACAAAACAUUGACAAAUUGACAAAAGUUCAUGGCAGAUGUCACCUCAAUUAUAGGUGCAAUCGACAUUGCAUUAACAUCAAAAAUAAAAAUGAUGAUAU